UACUCUCAGCCGGCUCGCCUCCAUGCAGGGCUAAGCAUGCCGUUGCAAUUGACUUUUCCGUCGAGGAUCUGACGUGCAUGUGAACACAAAACAGAGCCUUUUUUUGCUUUUCCGUCAGAGGUGAGUGACCUAAGCUCCCGAGAUCGCCUGACUGGGUCCGACUCGGGACAUUUGGACCUCCAACGAGCAACACCCAUCGGGCUCUGCGGGCCAUCCUCACCACCACCACCACCAUGCGUUUCGGAAAGACCCUGAAGUCCUCCAUAUAUGCCCCAUGGAAGGAUCAUUAUAUCGACUACCAUAAGCUGAAGCGUUUGCUUCGAGAGCACGAACCAAAGUCCGACGGGGCUGACACCCAGUGGACAGAAGACGACGAGGAGAAUUUCGUUCAAGAACUGGUGAAUAUCCAGCUCGAUAAAGUAAAUGCAUUCCAGGUCGAGACAUAUAAGCAGCUUCGCGAUCGAACGUCAGAAUGUGAGGCCACAUUGGAACCGCUGACUCUCGAUGCCGACGUGAGCCACAUCGAGGAGCAGCAGAGGGAAACUAUCGCACGAGAGGCCUUGGAGAAGCUGGAUGGGAUCAUCAAGGAGCUAAGCGAGCUGGAGAAGUUCAGCCGCAUAAACUUCACGGGCUUUUUGAAGGCGGCGAAGAAACAUGAUCGGAGAAGAGGCGCCCGGUACAGAGUCAGGCCGUUGCUUCAAGUGCGGUUGUCCCAGCUGCCCUUCAAUUCAGAAGAUUAUUCUCCCCUUCUGUACCGCCUCUCCGCGAUGUAUUCAUACGUUCGCCAGAUCCUCGAUUUCAGUCCUGGCCACGUUAGAGAUAUGCCCACCGUUGACGCUCACCUCGGCCAUGAUGUCUAUACCUCUCACAAAUUCUGGGUCCAUGUCGACAAUAUCAUGGAAGUGAAGACCUAUAUACUUCGUCGCUUGCCUGUCUUACUCUAUAACCCGAAUACCUCGAAGGAGUUGGACCUGGGACAGGGCGACCCAACCAUCACUUCACUCUAUUUCGAUAAUCCUAGAUUUGACCUAUAUACCAAGAAAAUUCAGAGGUCAACUGGUGCUGGCUCCUUGCGACUUCGAUGGACUGGCAAGUUGCAAGACAAACCGGAAAUGUUUCUCGAAAAGAAGGUCAUGGGGGAAAGUGGUAGCAGCCGCGAGGUCAGGAUCAGCCUUAAGCAAAAGCACAUCCAGUCAUUCCUAGAAGGGAAUUAUAAAAUGGAGAAAAUCAUCAACAGAAUGCAGCGGCAGGAGAACGUGAACCAGGACCGCAUAAACGCCUUGAAGAGUGAUAUUGAAGAAAUCCAGAGCUUCAUCCAGCAGAAUCAGCUCCAGCCAAUGGUGCGAGCUAACUACACUCGAACGGCAUUUCAGAUCCCGGGCGAUGACCGUGUUAGGAUAUCCCUGGAUACAGAUUUGGCUUUAAUACGGGAAGAUUCGUUGAAUCUUGAACAGCCCUGUCGUAACCCGGACGACUGGCAUCGUCACGACAUCGAUGACAAUGGUUUGGAGUUCCCUUUUUCCGACAUCAAGGAAGGGGAGAUCUCUCGCUUCCCGCACGCCCUUUUAGAAAUCAAAGUGAGAGGCGACAACCAGCGCAGAGCCAGCAGGGAGUGGAUCGCAGACUUGAUGUCUUCUCACCUGCUGAAAGAGGCGCCACGCUUCUCCAAAUUUGUACACGGGAUAGCUCAGCUCUUCGAAGACCAAGUGAACAGCUUCCCUUUCUGGCUUAGCGACCUGGAUACCGAUAUUCGUCGUGACCCCGAGAUAGCUUUCCAAGAAGAACAGGAAAAGAUCGCUAGGCGUGCCGAAGACCAGAUGGCCGUAGGUAGCUUCUUGGGAAGCAAGACGCCGGUCGCUCAGCCCGUGAUGGGAUCUCCAAUCGGUAGGGUUAUCUCCGAAGAAUCAUCUGAGCAUGCAAGACCUCGGUCUCUCCAAAGAAUAGAGCCACAGCCCAUUCCAGAUGCAGUUGCUGUGCAGGAAGAAGGAGAAGAAGGGGAGUCAGUGGAGCAACAACGACAGCCCCAGUCAGAGCAGUUACCAGCUCAACCCAGUUCAAGGGCCUAUGGUCUCCGCUCAAAGCUAUCCCGGUACGCCCGCGCCCACCGACAACGCACAGCACCUCUCCCUCCAGGCGUUUACGCACCGGGGACGUGGAUCAAGGAUUCCGGUCCCGUCCGAGUUGAAGCUAAGGUCUGGCUCGCCAAUCAACGGACAUUUAUAAAGUGGCAGCACAUUUCCAUUCUCCUCGCGGCAUUAUCUCUCGGGCUCUAUAACGCUGCCGGCCCAUCGAACUCUAUUGCACGGAUAUUAGCCGUCGUAUACACCUGUUUUGCGAUUUUCGCCUGCGGAUGGGGUUGGGGUAUGUAUAUCUGGAGAUCGAAGCUGAUUCGACAGAGAAGCGGGCGAGAUUUCGACAACAUUGCGGGGCCGUUGAUAGUUUGCCUUGGGCUAGCGGUAGCACUAGUGUUGAAUUUCUGGUUUAAGUAUGCAACAGUAUGGAAUGUAAAACAUCCUCUCCCACAAGCUGGUGCCCCUGUGGUUGCCACGAAUGCUUCGAUCGCUGCGAAUCCAGCAGAGGAAGCGGUUUUGCAGUUUGUUAAGCAGGUUGGAAGCUCUUGAUUGCCCAAUAGGAGUAGGAUGAUGGCACGAAAUUUGUCUCAGCCGAAAUGAUGUGGACAUGACAUGAUGCGAGAAAUACAGCCCGGGCCUCUCUGAUCUAAACCCUUUUUUUUUUUUCUUCAUGGAUAUAUAUGAUAAAUUGUCAGAUAUGGAGCCAAACCGUAAAUCAAUGUAUGCGAUUGUCACUUGAGCUCAUCUCUCUCUCUCUCUUUUUUUUCGCAAAAAGUCAUCACCGCUCACAUUUCACACCGAGUCCGUUGCCAGGCUAAAAAACACUUACAACGCGAAGAAGGACAGAAGGAAAGAUGCACUCCUAGAAGACGUUCCGUUAUUCGAAACUUACACUGCACCGGGUCAAAACGAGAAGGAGAAAUCAAGCAGCCAAAACCAGACGAAUGAUGCAGUCACAACCAAAGCCCAAGACCGUCCAAACUGAACGCCCUCCCAAAUGCUGUUGAUCCGUCUCUCGUCCUCCCAGUGUUCUUCAUGUCAGUUAUUAAGCUCAUCAUACCAACACCAGGGACCAUGCAUUACCGGAAAAUAGGAAAAAUACAAAAAGAGAAAAGCAUUUAAAAGACAAGUUAGAAAGACCAAUAAACCCAGAAUAUAAGAAAAAAAAUCUAG